UAGCAGCAGCGACGCUGCAAGUGUCAAUAAUCCAAGAGCGCAAGGACUUUUACGCACGAUUGGAUCGUCUUUCCACGCGCCCUGCGAACUUCUCCUAACGUCCUACCAAGACGCGCAGAGCCGUGAUGUUCCCGCUGCCGAUGUUCACACCGGACCAAGUGGCUCGGGUGUGCGAAAACCUGGAGGAGACCGGGGACAUCGAGCGCCUCGGCCGGUUCCUCUGGUCGCUGCCCGCCGCGGUCCCCGGCUCCGCUGGCGAGGCGCUAAACCGACAUGAGUCCGUGAUGCGCGCCAGAGCGCUGGUGGCUUUCCACGGGGGGAAUUUUGACGCGCUUUACCAAAUCCUGCAGAACCACAGGUUCACACGCGAGUCGCACGCCAAACUGCAAAACUUGUGGCUGGAUGCGCACUACCGGGAGGCGGAGAGGCUCCGCGGUAGGCCGCUGGGCCCGGUGGAGAAGUACCGCAUUCGCAAGAAGUUCCCGCUGCCCCGCACCAUCUGGGACGGCGAGCAGAAGACGCACUGCUUUAAGGAAAGAACUCGCAGUUUGCUGAGAGAGUGGUACCUUCAGGAUCCGUAUCCAAACCCGUCUAGGAAACGGCACCUGGCCCAGGCCACGGGUCUCACGCCCACACAGGUCGGGAACUGGUUCAAGAACCGGCGGCAGAGAGACCGCGCCGCAUCUGCAAAGAACAGACUACAGCAGGAUUCCUCCCUCCUGCUCUCUGAAACCUCACCCAACGGCUCUCUUCAGGAACGCCGACACCACCCUCACCUGCUGCCCACCUCCCUUCACCGCCUCGGCAGCCCCGAGGCCAGCGACUGCAGCACGGAGCCGGAGCGCAGAGGAACGGGAGCCUCCACUCCGGACAUCUCAGUCAGCAGUGACAGCGAGUUCGAGUCCUGA